AUGGCCGCCGUUCAGGAAUUGGCCGAGCGCCUCAAGUCGGAUGACAAGGUCUACGUCGACACCGACGCCGGCGCCGACGAGCCCUCGACCACGGGCACCGAGUCCUCCCCUUUUAAGUCGCUCGCUGCCGCAUACAUCGCCAACAACGAAUCGGUCACCUCGCGCCAGUUCCUCACCCGCGCCUCCAAGACGGGCGACGACGAGGCCGCCCGCCUCGAGUGGAAGGAGCCCGCAAAGAGCGCCGUGAAGAAGGCCCAGUCCGCCCUCGACGCCCAUCGCAAGAAGCUGGCCAAGCAGGCUCAGAUCGAGGCCAAAGAGGAGGAGCAGAAGAAGGCCCGUCAGCAGGCCCUCGAGGCUGCGAAACUGAUUGUCAUCAAGGAGGAUGAGUCUCUUCCCGAGCCGAAGCGCAUCACCAUUGGCGAGAAGAACGUCGUGCUCGGCGAAGGCGACAAGAAGGGCGACCGCGUUAAAAUUGCCGGACGCAUCCACAGACUGCGUGCCCAGAAGCAGGCUACGUUCAUUACCCUGGUCGACGGCUACGGCCAUCUCCAGUGUGUGCUCCAGGCCGGCGACCUGACAAAGACGUACGAUGCCCUCACCUUCGCCCAGGGCACCUCCCUCUGGGUCUACGGCGAGCUGAAGAAGGUCCCCGAGGGCCAGACUGCCCCCGACAACCGCGAACUCCACGUCGACUACUACAAGGUCAUUGGCACCUCGCCCACGGACGAGGACGCCAUCACCAACAAGGUCUCACUGCUGCAGAACCAGUGGGACUCGCAGAUGCUGGACAACCGCCACCUGGUCCUGCGCGGCGACAAUGCCUCCGCCAUCAUGAAGAUCCGCGCCGCUGUUGAGUGGGCUUUCACCAAGACCUACAAGGAUCUCAAGAUCACAAAGGUUUCCCCUCCGGCCUUGGUUCAGACCCAGGUCGAGGGCGGUGCCACGCUCUUCUCCGUCCCCUAUUACGACGAGGCUGCCUACCUCACCCAGUCCUCCCAGCUGUACCUCGAGACCGUCCUGCCCAGUCUGGGUAGCGUUUACUGUAUUGAGAAGUCCUUCCGUGCCGAGCGCAGCUUGACCCGUAGACAUCUUUCCGAGUACACCCACGUCGAGGCCGAGCUCGACUUCAUCGAGUUCCCCGACCUGCUCGAGCAUCUCGAGGAGGUCAUGUGUCGCGUCAUCGACAACGUCCUGGCUGACGAGGAGAUCGCCGCCUUCGUCAAGGAGCUGAACCCCGACUUCAAGAAGCCCGUUCGCCCCUUCAUGCGCAUGAAGUACACCGACGCCAUCGACUGGCUCAACGCCCAAGACCCCCCAAUCCUCAACGAGGACGGCGAGCCCCACAAGUUUGGCGACGACAUCGCCGAGGCCGCUGAGCGCAAGAUGACCGACGCCAUCAACAAGCCCAUUUUCCUCACCCAUUUCCCCACCGAGAUCAAGGCCUUCUACAUGAAGAAGGACCCCAACGACGCGCGUGUGACCGAGAGCGUCGACUGCCUCAUGCCCGGCGUCGGAGAAAUCGUUGGUGGUUCUAUGAGAAUGGAGGGCUACGAGGAACUCAUGGCCGCCUACGACAGAGAGGGAAUUCCGUCCAAGGACUACUACUGGUAUACCGACCAGAGAAAGUACGGCACCUCUCCCCACGGCGGCUACGGUCUCGGUCUCGAACGCUUCCUGGCUUGGUUGGCCAACCAGCACACCGUCCGCACAACGUGCCUGUACCCCCGUUACAUGGGACGCUGCAAGCCUUGA